AAUAUAAAACAAAUUAAAGUAACUGGUUUAGUUACAUCUAUAGUUAAUUUGUUUGUUUCAUUAAUUGUAUUUAUCUUAUUUAAUUUUAGUAGUAAUAAUUUUCAAUUUGUUCAAGAAUAUCAUAAAGUAAGUAGUUUUGAUUUCUAUCUAGGUGUGGAUGGUAUAUCUAUAUACUUUGUAAUUUUAACUACUAUACUAAUGCCUAUUGCACUGUUAUCUAAUUGA